UGGCAACAUAAACAAAACACACGUGAAUUUAUGUUAGAAAAAUAAAAACACAAAUCGAUUCGCUCUCUUUAAAACAUAAAAAAUAGUGAAAUGGCUUUAUCUUCUUUGGAAAAACGGACUAAAACAAAAGUUUUAAAAAAACAGGAAUCGUCAGGCUCAGAACAAAACUCAUCUGCAGACGAGAGUUCAGAUGAACAACAAGGCGGAGGUAAUGUUGGUUGGGCUGAUUCUAUUGCCAAAGUUCUAAGUACCACCAAGCCAAAAACCAAGAAGACAUUGGUACUGUCCCGCGCUAAAAAAAUUAAAUCAGUUGAUAAAGACAAAGUUGAAACUGAUUAUGGGUUUGAAGUUGAGGGCGAAAUUAAAGAAGAAAAACCCACUGAUGAGGAAUUGGAAACGACUUUAAAGCAAGCCAAAAAUCAAAAACUUGAACUAAGAGUUAAACCCUCUUGGAAGGAUAUAGAGCGUGAAAGAGCAUUGCGUAAAAUUGCUACUCGUGGUGUAGUGCAGCUAUUUAAUGCUGUGCGCAUACAACAAAAGGACUUGCAACAUCAGUUAGAGGAAGCUGGUCCAUUGGAUAGUCGUAAGGAAGCGGUUUUAAAUAAUAUAAAUAAGCGAAAAUUUUUGGAUGUUUUAAUGAGCGGAAAAAGAUCGAAAUCUGAACAAGUGGAUAAUGUAGUUAAGGAUGAGUUAAAAGAAGAAAGUGACAGCAGCGAAGACGAAAGAGAUGAUGGUAAGAAAAAGAAAUCGGAGUGGAAUGUUUUGCGUGAUGAUUUUAUGACCAAUAAGAAAAUCAAACACUGGGAUGAAGAAGAUGGCAGUGAAGGUGAACAAAGCAAUGACGAUUAGGAGUAAAUAUUUUUUAUAAUGUUAAGAUUAAGUUUUUU